AUGGCUCGACCGCAGAGUCCCCCGAUCUUGGCGCAACUGCGAAGCGCCAGAACUUUGCCCGAGCAGACCGCUGCCCUGAGAGCUCUGAAGAACGAGGUUGUCGGUCAUGUACAAAGAAAGGAGCUUUGGAUCAGCUUGGGUGUUCUUGAUCCUAUUGUCAGGACCUUGGCUUCAGCCAGGCCGCCGGUCAAGCCAAAUGGAAAGGAUGCACGAUUCCCUCUCACGCAGAGGCCGCUAUCGGAGGAUGAGAGCGUGAGGUUACAGGCGCUGCAGCUGGUGGCUAGUUUCGCCAAUGGUGGUCCAGCUUUCCUUGCUCCCCUCCAUGCCGCGCGGGCGAUCCCCGCCCUCAUGGCCAACAUAUCUCCGUUUACGAACGCACCGCAGCUUGUCGUGGCUUCUCUCAGGGCCUUGACAGAUAUUGCAGAAGCCUCGAUCCUAGCGCCGCCAUCCUCGCCCAUCGAUAUCGAGUCCCUAGCCGAUACUGUAUUCUCGCCGCAAUAUCUCGACUCGUUCGGAGCUAUGCUCUCCAUUACCUCUACCAACUCUCUUCUACAAUCUCAGGUCCCGCUCGCGGCAGGUCUGAUUUCUCGUCUUUGUCGAGAAGACCGCCAUCAACAAGCAUUGACGACAUCUGGAAUUCUGGAUGCACUAGCCACGCGACUGGCCAGCGUUGCCGUGCUUCGUGGAGAGGUCGUCCCGGGUGCCGAUGAAGCGGCGAGGAACGACGGGCUUUUGGACGCCUUCCCUGAACCUGCCCCCAAGAGCCUAAGGCUUGCGCCGAUCCUUGAAGCUAUUGCAGCUAUUCUUGGGGAUUCAAAAUACAGGGCCAACAGACUCAUCGACUCUCCCUCCAUCCUCGCCGUGUUUCCCUCGAUCAAGUUUGAGCCUGCAGAGGUCGCAGAUCCCCGUUACGAUGCCGAGCAGCCAGGGCCCAAUGUGUCACGUCAACCGCCAUUGACUGCGAUGGAGUUCAUGCUUCCAAUCGGCUUGCCUCGAAGUCUAUCGACAUCCCCAUACGGCUCGUUCUCUCAGGGGGCAUCUUCAGAUUCGCAGUCUUCCUCUCGGUCAUCGCUGAGUAAAUUCAGCUCAUCCGCGAUUUGGGAUUCACCUCGAUAUCCGCCAGUCGGCUCGAAUGGUGAUGACACGGAAGAGAUUGAAAGUCCCUUCAUUCCCUGGCUGGUGCACCUUGUGAGGUGCUCAGAGGAAUAUGAGCGACUCCUCGCUUCCUCUAUUCUUGCUGCGCUUAUUAAGGGCGGCGUUGGAAGCAAGGGUAUGAGAGAAGCAAGCUUGGGGCUCCUUGUUGUUCCUCUACUGGUCGACAUGAUCUGUAAAAAUGACAAGGACGCUUCCGAUGUGAAAGAGGUGGAUGAUGCGAGCAAGCGCAUUAUUCUAGAGCGAGCGCCAGUAGUGCUGGCCCGGAUGAUCACGGACAGCGAAUACCUCCAAAAGGCCGCUUACGAAUGUGAGGCCGUGCCGGUAUUGAGCAGACUUUUGAAGCACGCAUAUGCCCCUGUCCGAGACACUGCGCAGCCGCGUUAUUGGUCACCACAACCGGAUACGGGUAUGGAGGUUGAGAGCAAUUCUCCGCUUUCUCAGCUAGGUCAAGAGGGCCAGAAUGGACUUUUGAUCCAUCGGCUCAGGGUGCGAGAAAGCACACUCAAGGCCAUCGCCGCCCUUGCGGGGGGCAAGGAAGACUACAGGAAGGCGUUUGUGGCCGAGGACAUCACCUCGUACGUUGUGGAGUCCCUCUCAGAGUAUCCCAGAAAGCCACAAACGGCCAAGGAACGAACAGCAGAAAAGCCAAGCGGCGAUGCUACCAGAAAGGGGGAAACUGCAGGAUACGGCGCAAACCCCGCGUCAGUGAUCAUCGCGGGCUGCCAUGUUGUCAGGAUGCUGUCUCGGUCGGUCAAUAUCUUGCGUACGUCGCUGGUGGACCACGGAGUUGCGCUUCCCAUCUUUCGAUUCAUGAAACACUCGGACGUCAAUGUUCAAGUUGCUGCCACUGCAACCAUCUGCAACCUGGUUGUCGAAGUCAGUCCAGUGCGCGAGCUUCUUGCAGAAAACGGAGUUAUGAGGGUGCUCUGCGAGCAUGCACACUCGGAGAACCCUGCUCUUCGACUCAAUGCCUUGUGGGCGCUCAAGCACUUUAUUGAUGCUGUUGGACCUGAUUUGAAAAAGGCAUGCCUGGCGCAGCUUGAUCCAGGAUGGUUGGAGCAGCUCAUUUGUGACGACACAGAAGACUUGGCCUUGCAGAUGGCCAGGGAGAGGGAAGCGUCGGGACUGGACAUGGAUGACGAUGUGGACAUGCAACAAUCAGACGAGGCACACCGCUGGGUGUACGGCACCAACGGUAUGCUUCGAGAGCUGGAUGCAACAAACUCGACAAGGCUGCGUCAGGUGGAAGACAAGCUGGCAGCGGUGCGAGAAUCCGAGCUAAAUCCGGUGCGGAGGGCACGGAACGACGAUUUGGCGAUUCAGGAGCAGGGCCUGGACUUCAUCAGGAACCUGAUCGGAAGACCGGGAGCUGGGCUGUCGGAAACGACAAAUGAGACGACAGAAAUGAUCGACUACCUGCUGCGCGAACUCGGGACGGAGCGACUGUUUGAAAUCCUGUCAUCCAAGCUCCGGGCCAAGGUGCUCCGACCUUUCUCCCGCCGAGCUCCGGUGACGGGGCGGGAAACUCGGUUGCUCCACCCGCAGGCCAAGAUUAUUGUGGCCGUCAUCUACAUCCUAGUGCACAUCGCGGCUAGCAUCCCUCGGCACCGGCAGAUGGUGAUCAGCCAGACUGAGCUCCUGAAGCUUCUGGCCCAGCAGGCGAGCAGCAAGGACAGGGAGGUCAGGGUGGCACUAUGCCAUCUGGUCAUCAACCUCACCUGGCAAGAGGACGAUGGCGAGGCUCAGGCGUGCGCCCAGAGAGCGCACGAGCUGCGGAAGCUCGGAUUCCACGCCAAGAUGGAGGCGCUCACCAAGCAGGAUGGGGACCUGGAUGUGCGCGAGCGAGCCAAGACGGCAGCAUAUCAGAUAGAACAGGCCACAUACUGA